AUUUUUUGCCGCCCUACUUGCGGUCACAUUAUUUGCGAUGUCCAGAGACGCCACCGAGCAAAUAAGUAGGAAUACCCAAAAAUAGCCGAUGCCAUGGACGCGCCGCCGUCGUAUCCGGAUUUGGCGACCCUGUGCCGCCUGUGCCUCAAGGAGCAUCAGGAUGCGUACGCGAUCUUCGAGGAGGACGAGUCACAGCUCUCUAUUCCCGUGCGCCUGAUGGCCUGCGUCGCUCUGGACGUCAAGGCGGCUGAUAGUUUGCCCAAAAGGAUCUGCCAGGAGUGCCGCUACCAGCUGGAGAAGUCAUUCCUGUUCCGGCAGCGCUGCCAGGCGUCGGAGAAGAAGCUGCGCAAGCACAUCCGCCUUUUGGGCUUGGGCAAGCGGAGUCGCGUCUUUUCCAAGGAUCCCGAUGACUACGACGAGGACGAGCUGGAGUUUGAGGACUCCAUAGGUUUCAUCGAAGCGCAGGACAAGGUGCGCAAGCUGGAUGACGAAAAGUGGCGCGAGGAGUUCAAGGAGGAGCAGUCAGCGGAGUUCAACAGGCGACUGGUCAAGUCCCGCCUAGAACUAAGGGCAAAAAUGACAAUUGAGAUACGCAAAGGACUGGCGGAGGAGGUGCGCAAUGAGGUGCGCGACGAGCUGGCCGAGGAGGUGCGCAGCCAGGUGCGGGAAGAGCUGCGCCACGAGGUCAGCGAGGACAUGCGGAAAGAGCAGCUGGCUAUGCUCUUGGGCGAACUGGAAGUGUACCUCACCGAGAAAAAGGCCGGUCAGUGGGAGCCCUUGGAGGGUUCUGUGUCGGAAUCAAAAGCGCAGGAGAAGGUGGAUUCUUCCUUGUCCAGGCACAAGUUAAAGUUUCCUCCCAAGCGGCGCCUCAGCUCAACCAGCAUGCCACAGAUUCCCCAGCCCAUGAAAGAAGAAAAAAAUGAAGAAUUUAUAUUGGAGUGCAAUUCAGACCCUUUGGCUGCCAACGAAGUACACCUAGACGCACUCGAACUGGAGGAAGAAGUUCCCACGGAGGGCGGGAACGACUUCAGGGAGAUUGUCGAUACAGGCGAUGUGGUGCGCACUGAUGAUGGCGAGAUUUACAUUAUCAACUCUAACAGUUCGGAGGAUCAAAAGCCCGACUCCACGCCGGAAUUUGACCAGGACGACGGCAUUACCUCCUAUAAUAUCAAGGAAGACGGAGAGAUUCAGUUUAGUGGCGAGAAAUCGGAUGAAAUAGAAGAUGUGGUUGUGUUUAACCUGGACGGCGAGAUGUCUGAAGAGCAACAGGUCUUUAAUUUUGACGAGAAUGUCAUUAUUGUGGAAAAGGAGCCAAUCAAAAGUGAUGACCAGACGCCUGCUAAACGGAAGAGGUCGAGUGAGUUUGUGUUCAAGCAGACAUCAGACUGUCCUCAACCAAAAACCGGGCGGGUAACGGACACGGUGAAGUCGUUUCAGUGCCAUUUGUGCCCGGUUGCCUUUGCCACCCAGAAACUCCUAACGCGCCACCACAAUACCCACAUCAAGGGCCUGAAAAGCGGCAAAGGCGGCACGCUCAAGUGUCCUAGCUGCUCACUGCAGCUGUCCUGCGCCAGCUCCCUAAAGCGCCACAUGAUCAUCCACACUGGUUUGAAGCCCUUCAAAUGCAGCGAGUGCGACUCGUCCUUCUCACAGCGCGAAGUGCUUAAGCGGCACAUGGACAUUCACACAGGAGCCAAGCGCCACCAGUGCCCCCAAUGCUCGAGUUGCUUCGCCCAGAAAUCCAACCUGCAGCAGCACAUCGGCCGAGUGCACAUGGGCAACUCUCGGACGCACAAGUGUCAUCUGUGCCAGCGGAGCUUUAACCAUGUGUCGGGCUUAAGCCGCCAUCUGGUCACCCACGCUGGCGUCAUGUUCUCCUGCAAACAGUGCGGGCGGCAAUUCAACGAUCGCAGUGCUGUCCAGCGUCAUGUGACGACAAUGCACAAGGUCAAAAACAAAUCCGCUGACUACAUAUCUGAACCCGAGAUAAGCGAAACCGAGUUUCAGCCUGCGUAGAAUCAUACUAGAAUAGUCACUAAAGUUGUGAAAAGCCAAGACAAUGAAAAUUAGUUGACCUUCAAACAUAAACUUUGCUCUGAAUAUUUUACAACUUUAUUCGCGAACUUAAAGUGCCCACAACAGUUGGCACCAAAUAUCAUCAACAUGAUAGUGUUAAAACAUUUAGAAAACAUGCAGCGUUAAACAGUUUAGCAAACAAAUACAAAUCGGAACAUUUGGAACAGCUCUGUAACAGGAUACCAUAUAGCUAGACGUACAUUUUACAAUAUCGUUUAAUAAAUACCACAUAAGACGAUGUACAAUAUUAUAGGCAAAUACACGUAUUUUUAAUAAACAUAAUGUCUCUACGAA